AUGAGUUACUCCAGCGACAUUUACAGCAGCAGCUCCUACCGGAAGAUCUUCGGAGACGCGCCCCGGUCCGGGCGCUUGGGUCUGGGCAGCGCCAGCAGCCCGUCCCGCGUGCACUCCGCGGGCUACCGCAGCAGCCACCGCACCUAUGCGUCCCCGUCCCCCGCCUACCGCAGGACGGCGGCGUCCGGCCGCGUCUUCUCCUCCAUGCAGGACCCCAUGAUGGACCUGAGCCAGUCCACCGCGGUCACCAACGAGCUGAAGAUCAUCCGCACCAACGAGAAGGAGCAGCUGCAGGGCCUCAACGACCGCUUCGUGUCCUUCAUCGAGGAAGGGCACAACCUGGAGCAGCAGAACAAGGUGCUGGAGGCCGAGGUCACGCUGCUGCGCCAGCGCAACAACGAGCCCUCGCGCCUGCACGAGCUCUACGAGCAGGAGAUCCGCGAGCUGCGGGCGCGCGUGGAGGAGCUGACGCACGAGAAGAGCCAGAUGCACCUGGACUGCGUGCAGAUGAACGAGACGCUGGAGCGCGUGCGGGAGAAGCUGGAGGAGGAGACCCGGCUGCGCGAGGAGGCGGAGAGCGCGCUGAAGGGCUACCGGAAGGACGUGGACGACGCCACGCUGGCGCGCCUGGAGCUGGAGAAGAAAGUGGAGUCGCUGCUGGAUGAGAUCGCCUUCCUCAGGAAAGUUCACGAGGAGGAGCUGCAGGAGCUGCAGGCGUCGCUGCAGGCUACGCAGGUGUCGGUGGAGAUGGACAUGAGCAAGCCGGACCUGGCUGCGGCCCUGAAGGACAUCCGGGCCCAGUACGAGAACCUGUCGGCCAGGAACCAGGUCCAGGUGGAGGACUGGUACCGCUCCAAGUUCGCCACCGUGACCGAGGCCGCCGCCCGCAACCAGGACGCCAUCAAGCAUUCCAAGGAGGAGCUGAGCGAGUACCGCAGGCAGGUGCAGGCCCGCACGCUGGAGAUCGAGGCCCUCCGGGGCCACAACGAGGCCCUGGAGAGGCAGAUGGCCGAAAUGGAGGAGCGCCAUAACAAUGAAAUCGGAGAAAUGCAGGAUACCAUCCAGCAGCUGGAGGCUGCGCUGCGCAGCACCAAAGGAGAAAUGUCCCGCCAUCUGCGCGAAUACCAGGACCUGCUGAAUGUCAAGAUGGCGCUGGACAUCGAGAUCGCCGCCUACAGGAAACUUCUGGAAGGCGAGGAGUGCCGCCUGAGCUCCGUGGGCGGCGCCAUGGUCCAGUCCGGCUUCUCCUACAUGUCCGCACGCUCCUACGCCCUGGGCGCCUACCGCAAGUCCGGAGCCAAGCCCGAGGAGGAGGAGGAGGAGGAGGAGGGCGACGAGGAGGAGAAGGACGAAGAGGAGGGAGAGGAUGAGGGCGACGAGGGAGAGGAGGGAGAGGAGGGAGACGAUCAGGAGGAGGGUGAAGGCGAGGGAGAGGAGGAGGAGGAGGAGGAGGAAGAGGAGGAGGAGGAGGAGGAGGAGAAGCCAAAGGAGAAGGAGGAGAAGGAGAAAGAGAAGGAGAAGGAGAAGGAGAAGAAGAAGGAGAGCCCCGCCGGGAAGACCAGCAAGAGCUAAACCGCUUGUGUCGCCAUCGUCAUCCUCGCCAUCUUCAUCACCGAUCCAUGCCUCAUCCCACCGGUCACCUCUGGAUCCGUCCAC